AUGUUAACUAUCAUCAACCGUCUAGUUAUAUUAUUAACGAUAAUUAUCACUUACCAAGGAUGUUGUUGUAAAUCGAUAAGUCUUCGAGUUUAUCAUGAAUCUUCAGGUGUUGAUUGUAUUUGGCAGGGUGAUGCACCAUUUUGUUUUAUUGGUUCUGGUUGUCCAUUAAAAAUGACCACUGUCAAAACUGAUAAAUACGGUGAUAGUGAUUAUUGUUUGAUUGGAUAUAAAACAUAUUGUUGUGUUAAUUUUAGGUUAGUCUUAGAAUAUUCAAUAUAUGAAGCUUUAUUUUAA